AGAAAAGAAAAUAACAGGAAAGAAGAAAGGAAGGGAAGAGACAAGUUAAAAUGAUACCUGGCUCCUUUACCACCGCCUUUCUCUGUUCUUUGGAAAUGUAGAGGAAGGAGGAGCAAAGGAAAACACUUUCACUUUCUCUUCCCAGGAAAUCGUAAAAAUACAGCUUGUGCACGUAUUAGCUCUACGCAUUUGUAAGACAAUAUAUCUUGCCAUUUCAAAUUGGCUUUGUGACUGUUGCUGUCAUAUAGACAGGUGAAUUAGAGUUUAUGCUAAAACACCUUUGCUCUUGUACUGAACAAAAGUGCUUGGGAAUGGCAGAAGCGCUCUCACGGCUGGAAGAGGAACUCACCUGUCCUCUUUGUUUAAAUGUCUUCAAGGAUCCUCUUGUUCUGAGGUGCACUCACAGUUUUUGCAGAGGCUGUCUGGAACAGAUAGACACCGCCUCAUCACUUAGAGAGUGCCCCAUGUGCAGGGAACCAUCCUCAGUGGAUGACAGAGUCCCAAAUUUGGUUCUCAGGAAUACGUGCACCACUUUCUCACAGCAAAAGGAUAAGGGAACACCAAGUAUGCCGAAGACUGAACAAGGUGAGAAUCACCUUUCUCCCAGUCAUAACUUGCCUGGUUUUUCAGGGUGUCACACUUCUGAAAAACCCAGAAGUGAUCCCUACACAACAGAGGAGGCUGCAGUGAUUUGUAAGAAGGGUAUGAAGGAUUCACUGGUGGCCCUGAAAGAGAGAUUGUCAGCUCUCUCCAAGCUAAAGCACCACUGUGAGACAAUGGCUCAGCACGUUCGCGCACAGCUUCAGCGGACAGAGAGGCAUAUGAAAGGAGAGUUUGAGGCUAUUCGGCGUUUCCUGCUGGAGGAGGAAGUCAGGAGGAUCAGCUUCCUCAGAGAGGAGGAGGAGGAGAAGAGCAGAGCACUCCGAGACCGACUCCACAGAGUGACGGCAGAGAUCGGCUCCCUCUCGGGAACCAUCAUGAGUCUGGAGGAGGACUUGGCAGGGAUGGGGAACACGCUGUUUCUUCAGAAAUACGGAGAAACCGCCAGGACAAUGCAGCGUGCAGCGGAGCCAGUGGCAGAGCUGGGAACCACGGCGGGAAUGCUCAUAGAUGUUGCCAGACAUAUCAGUUCCCUAAAAUUUCGAGUUUGGAGAGACAUGCGGGGGAUGGUUCAGAAGUUCCCGGUAACUCUCGAUCCUAACACUGCCAACGCCCACCUGAUGAUCUCAGAUGAUCUGAGCAGCCUUAGAUAUCAGAAAGCAGGCCAUGUCCCUGCUAACCCGGAGAGGUUUGGCAGGUGUGUAUGUGUCACAGCAGCCAUAGGCUAUGAUUCUGGCCGUCACAGCUGGGAAGUUGAUGUCGGAGACAACACAUACUGGAUUCUGGGAGUGGCCUCCAAAUCCGUGAAAGUCAAGGAGAAGUUCUCAACGUAUCCGAAGAAUGGCUUCUGGACUAUUCGUUUGUGUGAUGGCCAGUAUAAAGCCCCGAGGGUCACACUUCACAUGGAGAGGACACCCAGGCUGGUCAAAGUUCAGUUGGACUGGGACCAGGGAGAAUUGUCCUUUUUCAGUGCAGAGGAUAAUAUGCCCAUCUAUACUUUUACGCAUGCGUUUACUGAAAAGGUGUACCCUUUCUUUAGCACAGGGUGUAAAUCUCACCCCCUGUGCAUUCAGCCUUUAGCUGUAUCACUCCCAUCCUGAGUUCAUAAAAUUAGCUUUUCAGUCAAGUCGUCAGGAAUCCAGCACGAAUUUGCGCUGCCCACAAAAUUUGAGGGAGGGAAAUUUGGUCUGGAGUCACUCCCAUUGAGAAGUUUAUAUAUCUGGUCUCGUCACACAUGAGUGCGCUUGUGUUGAUUUUUGUUUCCAAAAUUCUAUUAUUGUGUGUGUUAUACAAGAUAUUGACAACGCAAUAAGGCUUAACAGAAAACAGGGAUUAAGGCAUCUGACAUCUUCAAAUUGUGUGGGUGGGAUAAAUUCGGGCUGGCUUCCAGGCUAGAUAAUCAAAUCCUAAUGUUGUGUUACCAGACUCAAGGUUUGUGGCUGUAUAGAGUAUAUACGUGUAUAUAUAUAUAUAUAUAUAUACAGUAUAUAUAUAUAUAUAUAUAUAUAUAUACACAUUUAUAAGUAUGUAAAUUCAUUGUUUGUUUAAUGUUUUCCAUGUCUGGUAGAGUGUAAAUCAGGAUCAGGCACGAGAUGUUGUAGAUUUGGCUGCUACAGUAUGUACAGUGUGGGGAGUGUUUGAUGCAGGCCUUCUUGACUAAGGCUCGGUGUCCACAAAACAAAGACAUAACACCAUUUUGUUUCUAGUUUGUUUUAGAUUUAGAUUAGAAUAGAUUCCACAUUAUUGU